AUUAUUAGAAUCGGGUUUGAGAUUCUACAAUCUCGCGAGAAGUCGGUCUUUUUGACGAGAAUCGGGUCGCGGAAACAGGAACAAUGGGUGCGUACAAAUAUAUGCAGGAAAUUUAUAGAAAGAAGCAGAGUGACAUUUUGAGAUUCCUCUUGCGUGUGCGCAGCUGGCAGUAUCGCCAGUUAUCGUCAUGCCACCGUGCACCACGACCCACUCGCCCCGAGAAAGCCCGAAAGCUGGGAUACAAAGCUAAGCAAGGUUUUGUCAUCUACCGAGUCCGUGUUCGUCGUGGAGGCAGAAAGGUCCCUGUGCCCAAGGGAAUCACCUAUGGUAAACCCACAACUAGUGGUGUGAACCAGAAGAAAUUCCAGCGAUCUCACAGAUCUAUUGCUGAGGAACGUGUUGGAAAAAAAUGUGGUGGACUGCGUGUACUGAGCUCUUAUUGGGUGGCACAGGAUUCCUCGUACAAGUUCUUCGAAGUCAUUUUGGUUGAUCCCUUCCACAAAACCAUCCGCCGUGAUCCCAAGCUUCAAUGGAUCUGCAAUCCAGUACACAAGCACAGGGAACUACGUGGUCUCACUUCUGCUGGCAAGAUGUCUCGUGGACUUGGCAAGGGACACAGAUUCACCAAGACCAUUGGAGGCUCGCGUCGUGCAGCAUGGAAGAGGAACAAUUUGACAAAAAUGCGCAGAAAGCGUUAAAGUUUUCUUUCACAUUUUUUUCCUUUUCCUUAUUUUUUCUCAUCUCUGAGUCUCUCAGGAUGAGCAAAUCUCCUUGUAAGUUUUAUUGUCUGUAGACUACGGAAUAAACAUGGAGAAUAUUA